CAUCGUUAUCCUUUCACUAGAGUAAUUUCAUAUUUUCUCAAAGGUUGAAUUUUAUAGUGCAUAGUCACCGUAGUCAGCAAAGAGCGUGUCCACCACAGAACGCAACAGGUAACGACAAUAACAGUUGGCUCCAAGCUCCGCAGAUCCAAGCUCUUUUUUUUUCUUUUUCUUUUUCCAUUUUGCCUUUCUUUUAUUUUCUUUUCUCUCAAACAAACUUCAUUCCCUUUCUUCUAAAAUUCUUCCUCCCAAUUUCAAAAACCCUAAAACAACGAUCAACAUCAGUUUCACAACAUCAAGAAUAAAACCAAUCUCUUCUUUUUGAUCUAUUUCGGUUGGGCAACAAUUCUCAAUGCCACUUCUACUCUUACCCGAAUCAAAUUCAAAAGUCAAAACCCCAAAAAUUCCCAAUUUCCAAUUUCUCCUUUGAUUCGGAUUCCCAGAAUGGUGACGGAUCCGGAGCUGAUCAAAUACGUGUGCAUUGCAAGGGCCACCACCGUCCUGGCCCACCGCCGCGCCACCACCGCCGAUCCCGACGUCGAGUGCCUCGCUUCCAAAUGCAUCGCUCUUGCACCUCCGAAUCACUCUCUCUUCACCCAAACCCUAAAACGCCGCUCUUACACCUUCCUCAUAGACCCUCCCUUCGUCUUCUUCGCCAUCUUUGACCACCGGUUAAUCAAGCCUUUCCAGCUCCGCUUCCUCCACCGCCUCCGCGACUCCUCCUCCGCCUUCCUCCGAUCCCAACCCCCAACCAAAGAUGAUGACUUUGUAGCGUUCUGUUUUCAGUCCCAAUUCGAUUCCAUAUUCGGCGAAACGCUCAAUUUCGAAUCAGGAGGGACCGACGCCGCCCCCGUUUCGAGAAGCCCGAGCGUGGAAUCUCCAUCCACCGCCGCCAACAAGAUAGGGAGGUCGCCGUCGACGGUGCCGCUACUCGGGAAGCCACAGGAGGGGAUGUUGUUGAAAAAGAAGAAGAGGGUGGUGGAGGCCGUCAACGGAGAAGUCAAAGACGGUGGCGGCUCGCCGGAGAACAAGGUGGACGUGUGUUCCGACGAAGUCAACGGCGGCGGCGGAACAAGGGACUUCUCGCUAGGGGUGACGGCGAAGGGUGGUUGCGUGGGCAACGAUCAUCAUCGGCAGAAAGCGAAGCAUAUAUGGAAGAAGCACGUUUGGGUGGUUCUGCUUCUUGAUUUGUCCGUUUGCAUGGUUUUGUUCGUGAUUUGGUUAUGGGUUUGCAGCGGAUUUAAGUGCAUGACCUAUUGAAUUUUGAAGAUCAUAAAAAAACUCGGAUAAAAAUUGGAACUUUUUUGGAGGAAAUGGAAAGCGGAUUUUAAUUUCUUUCGGUUUUUGUCCCUUCUUCAUUUUGGGGAAAGGAUUAUUAGCUUCUUUGUUUCUAUUCGCAGAAAUAGAGGGGUUGAUCACAGUCACAUGAACAUGCUCUGUUGUAUAUUGGAGAAAAGAAAAACAAACCUUUGGGUAUGUAUAUGGUGAUUUUGGUGGUGGUGGGGUGGGUUCUAUUUGAUUUAAUUUGAUUCUUGAGCUUUUGUUUUUUUAUUUCCUUUUUGGAAAUUUACCUUUUUUUCAUGGGAAUUGAGAUAUGGAGAAAAGAUCCCAUUGAUUCAA